GCGGGGAGGGGUGGUGGUGUCCCCCCUCCCCGGGGCCGCGGGGUGCCGGGGCUGGUCCCGGUCCCUUCCCUCCCCUCCGGGGCUGAGGAAGCGGAGGGAGCCGUGGAGUCGUUCUGCAUAUUAAUGAGCCGGGAGCAAGGGCAACGGGAGCUGUUUUAAAAGAGGACAAGAGGAGGAAAGCGGCAGAGCGCAGGCAGCGGCAGGCAGCGGCAGGCAGCCGCUCUCUGCUGUCCUCUCCCUGGUGACACCCAGCCCCAGGGACGAGGAGGGACAAACCCGAGGAGAGCAAAUACAUUUCAGAUCCCUGGCAUCUCUUUAGGUACCUGCUGCCUCACCAUGAAGCUCCUGACAGCAGCUUUGCUUCUGCUGUUCAUCGCCAUGUGCUUGGCCAGCGCAGAGGGGGUGAAGUGCAAAUGCUCGAGGAAAGGCCCCAAAAUCAGGUUCUCCAACGUCCGGAAGCUGGAGGUCAAACCCAGGUACCCCUUCUGCGUGGAGGAGAUGAUUAUCGUGACCCUGUGGACACGGGUGAGAGGGGAGCAGCAGCACUGCCUGAACCCCAAACGCCAGAACACAAUCAGGCUGCUCAAGUGGUACAGAGUAUGGAAAGAGAAGGGCAGGGUGUAUGAAGAAUAAGAGGGAGCAGCGUGAGGAACGGAGCAGACUCCCUCGGCUGGUGUAGGACUGGGCUCUGCAGAAAGUUCUCUCUUGCUCACAGACAUAAGACAAAUUCUGCAUUGUUGUUAUUAUUACAAAGCACUUUUUACCAAGGGUCAGUUUUUACAUUUUAUAGCCACGUGCUGCCAGAGCUCACAAGCAUCUCUUGCACCGCAGCUCCCGCACCUGCCUGCUCCGGCCCGCGCCUGGCAGGACUCACGCUUUGCAUUUACAAGAGGUUUGGGGUGGGGAUGGGGGGAGCAGGGGGGGUUGUUCUUAUUGUUGUUCAUACUUCACAAUGAUUGCAAUCGAGCUUUAUAAGCUCACUGGGCAGCCAGACACACGCUUGUGAAGGUGUUGGUGGUGCAGCCACAUCCCUCACCCUGCUGCGCCGGGAAGGCUCCGGCGCCGCGCUCGCUGCCGCCUCCGCAGCCUCCAC